AUGGAAACUGUUGAUGUUGAACUCAUGUCACAAAGGAACCAUCUCUAUGAACGUGCAGCAUCAUCGUUCGUAGGCGACAAUAGUCCAUACGCAGCUUUCUCCUGGCAGUCGAGCGCUGGCACGCCCGAUCGAACCUUGAAUAAUUCCCCCUGCAGCAGCAACACGACAUUGGUCGACAACGAAACUCACGGGCUCGAGUAUGACCAACUUAGUCAGGCAUCGGUUCAGGAAACUGUGCCAGGCGUCCACUCGUGUCGCAUUCUGGCGGCCCAAUCCAUAAAAUCCGAGCUUAACCCGAACGCCACAACAUUUAUUCCUGACCGCUUUGUAGAGUACGGCUACUUUCCUCCCCCCAUUCACGCACCGGAGGCAUGGUUGCAUAUCCUUGACAUUGGCAUGCUGGCAUCCAAUCCCACUUUGCCACCUCUCCUGGUACGGUUGGGUCCAUGGUCAAUCGAUACACUACGCGAUCUUGCUCAACUUUUCUGCUGGGAAAUUUUAGCCAAAGCGAAUAUAGUGGAUUUUGGACCGGAGGCGGCGCUCUUUGCGCGAGACGUGCGUGAUACAUUGACGACCCAUCACUCCGAGUGGCACUCUAGCUGCUUCGUGUCCCACCUGCAAAAGUACGCCUUAGAUCACUUCAAAUCAUUAUGGUGUUCUCUCGAUAAUCCGGAUGCUAUUUCCCAACGGAACAAACUCGAAACCAAACAUUGGAAUGUCGCGUUAGAUUUCUCUUGUUUCAUAGCGGACAUGUUCUCGUUUGGCCUCAUCGAAAUACCAAUCAUGCACGAGUGUCUGGGGAUUCUGUUACACGAGAUGGUUGGCGUGCAACACGUACGCGCCGUCCAAGCCAUGGUUAAACGCGCCGGACCGACGUUAUGGCAAUCAGCCGAUAGUCAUGAACGCCGCCAGGAAUUCACCACGCAGUUCGUGGAGCGCACCACAUUACUUCCGGAUAAUGCAAGCCUGACUGGACGAGAAGAAAGCAUCCGUAAGGUGAUAAAGGCUGAUAAUAUCAUCUCGCUGAUCAGUGGAUGGCAAGCGCGGCGGUCAGAGUGCCCUCCGCCUGCGGUGAAAUCUAUUUGGGGACUAUCUGGCCUUAAUAUGUAG